CCUCCUCGCUCUUCCUAGCUCCGGCUCGGCCACCAGCUCCGGCCUCGGCGCCCCCUUCCCAGAGCCCCCUCCCCGGAGCGGAGCCCACCCGAGGGCACCUCUCCCACCCCCACCUGAUAGCCCAGCCGCCCGGCCAGAACAGCAGCCCCGGGGGGCAGCCCCCCUCCAGCCUCCCUGCAGCCCAGCCCUGCCAGAUCCCCCCAACCAUGAAUCUCUUCCGAUUCUUGGGAGACCUCUCCCACCUCCUAGCCAUCAUCUUGCUACUGCUCAAAAUCUGGAAGUCCCGCUCGUGUGCCGGGAUUUCAGGCAAGAGCCAGGUCCUGUUUGCUGUGGUGUUCACUGCCCGCUACCUGGAUCUCUUCACCAACUACAUCUCACUCUACAACACGUGCAUGAAGGUGGUCUACAUCGCCUGCUCUUUCACCACAGUCUGGAUGAUUUACAGCAAGUUCAAAGCCACUUAUGAUGGGAACCACGACACGUUCCGAGUCGAGUUCCUCGUCAUUCCCACAGCCAUCCUGGCGUUCUUGGUUAACCAUGACUUUACCCCUCUGGAGAUCCUCUGGACCUUCUCCAUCUACCUGGAGUCGGUGGCCAUCCUGCCGCAGCUGUUCAUGGUGAGCAAGACGGGCGAGGCGGAGACCAUCACGAGCCACUACCUGUUUGCGCUGGGCGUCUACCGCACGCUCUAUCUCUUCAACUGGAUCUGGCGCUACCACUUCGAGGGCUUCUUUGACCUCAUCGCCAUCGUGGCAGGCCUGGUCCAGACGGUCCUCUACUGUGACUUCUUCUACCUCUACAUCACCAAAGUCCUAAAGGGGAAGAAGCUGAGUUUGCCGGCGUAGCCCCAGUCCAUCUCCGUCUCCGGGACAGCGGCGGCGAGAGGCAGCGGAAGGCGACGCGAGAUGAAGAGCCUUCCGGUCCAGGGGUGACUUUUUUAAGAACCCACUUCUCCUGGCUCCCCAGCUCCACACCUGCCGGGUUUCAGGGGGGCGGUGGAGGACCCAGGUGUUGGGGGAGCUCAGGACCUGGGCUGUUUGUAGUUUUUUGCCUUUUAGAGAAGAAGAAAAAAAAAAAUCUUUCCACUAUUUAGUUUUUGAUUCUGAUGACUCCUUUCUCUUCUUACUCUCCGGCUCCGAUUUUUAUAAACUGUUUUAAAGUGUCCUGUGGGGCGAGGCAGGGUUGGAGAUCUUUCCCCUCCCCUGAGCCCCUUGGCUUCCUUCUGGAUCCCCACCACUCCACCUUCCACCCCACCUUCAGCCCCACUGGUCGCCAAACACUAACUCUGCCGACACCCGCCUGACACCUGCCUGCCUGCCGGGCCUCUGACCGUGGCCAUGAAAACACACCCCCAUCCACCCCCCGCCCCCCAAACUUUUGCACUGGGGAGAGGGAGGAGGGGAGGAAGGUCUCCCCUGAUUUUUCAUAGUAAUUUUUUCCAGAAUUUGGAUUUUUUGGUCUUUUUUUUGGCAAUUUAGGGGGGGCGUGGGAAAGGGGUUGGCCCGAGGGGUCACGUUUUUGUACAGAACUGAAGGUUGAUUCUUUGUUCUCUUGAAAUAAACUGAGGAAAAUGA